AUGAGGUCACCGAUCCCCGACUACCUCAAUGCUGUGCUGGAGAAGGUUCGGCCCAACGAAGAUGGCAAGCCCGCGCAAUAUAUCAAGACGUUGGCCAAUGCGGACACGUCCAAGCUAGCCGUGGCACUCGUCAUGGUCGACGGCAACGUAUAUUCAGCAGGUGACGAUCAAGUUGAGUUCUCUAUCCAGUCCAUCUCGAAAGCGUUCGUCUACGCGAUCGCAAUCGAAGAUGCCGGGCUGGAGCACGUGUUGGAAAAGAUUGGCGUGGAGCCGUCCGGCGACGCAUUCAACAAACUGUCGCUGCACAAAGGCAACAACCGGCCGAUGAACCCCAUGAUCAAUGCCGGUGCUAUCGCGGCGCAUUCGCUGGUGGUCCACCCUGACGCCACAGCGGAGGAGAGGACAGACCGCAUCCUCAAGGCCAUGUCUAGGUUGGCUGGGCGACAGCUGUAUGUGGACGAGGAGGUGUACGAGGCCGAGCUUGAGGAUGCCGACCGCAACAUGGGAAUUGGGUACAUGCUCAAGGCAGCGGGCAUUAUCUCAUGCAGACCAGCUGAGGUGGUCAAGGGCUAUAUCCGCCAGUGCUCCAUCAACGUCAACGUCCGCGAUUUGGCCAUGAUGGCAGCGACUCUCUGCAACGCCGGCGUGAAUCCGGUCACGGGCGAAAAGAUUAUGCCGGCAGACAGUGUCCGCCAGGUGCUUUCAGUUAUGACCACAUGCGGAAUGUACGAUGCGGCAGGUCAAUGGGUGUCCCGAGUUGGCAUUCCAGCCAAGAGUGGUGUCGCCGGCGGAGUCAUUGGUGCACUGCCGGGACAGGUCGGCAUCGCCGCCUUCUCGCCCAAACUGAACGACCGUGGCAACAGCGUCCGCGCCGUGGCACUGUUCGAGCAGCUGUCACGGGACAUGGGCUUCCACAUGAUGGACGUCAGCCAGAUCGCCCGCGCCAGCGUGAGUACCUCGGUGGCCAAAAUCGUCGCAGGGAAAGAAGAACCUCACCACCCCAACUGCGAUCGCCGCGUCGUCAUCUUCGCCCUCCGCGGGGCCGUCCGCUUCGCCGGCUCCGAGCGCCUCGCGCGCGCCAUCGUGCGUGAGCUCGGCGAGCCAGAUCCCAAGGAUCCCGGCUCCGGGGAGCACCGCGACGCUUGCGCCAUCGUGGUGUCGCUCCGAGACGCGUUUUCGCUCAAUCUCGUCGCCAAGCGGGUUAUCCACGAGAGUAUAAAACGCUUGCUCGCCGAGGGGAAGACGGUCGUGGUGAUUGACCCCAACAGCGUCUUGCAGAUGGAUUUGGACAGCCUUCCAACGUCGCAGCAUCCGCAGAUUGUCGAGAAUGAGAAGGAGGCACGAGAAUACAUAGGAGGGACGGGAUGUUCGGCCGUUACUCAAUCUGAUAAUUGGUAG